AUGGAAACAAGGGAGAUCAAGACUAAACUAGAUGGUGAUGGUGAUGAUGAUGAUGAUGUUGAUCCUUUGCACCCUCAAGUCGUUUUUCCAUUUGUAGUUAAAUCUAGUUUACAAAAUGCCGAGAUUUGAAGCGAUUGACACCACAAAACGCAACAAAAGUCCCUCCUGCAAGCCUGCAAAAGCCAGGGACAUCAGAGUGCAAAUGAUCUGCUGAUUAGGGAAAAUGAUAGCUAGAGUAGACAGCAUAUAGUAAUAACUGUGAGAGCUGUUCCGACAAAUGUUGAUUUGCCCUUAGAGUUUAAAACUCAUCAAGAGGGCUCAGUAGGUAAAAUUUGUAACAACUUUGGCGGAAAAUUAGUUAAGAUGAGCUUUACAACGGUGAACCGAAGUCUUGAUUAUUAGCUGUUUUACAUAAAUAUAACCACAUGCUAAAAUUCAACGUUUGUUGAAUCAGCUUCUAAUGAUUAAAUUAAUCUAACUGGCCGGCUGGACUUCAUCUGAUGCAGGAUAAUGGUGUGGAAAUAUGACAGACGACAGUAUCCCAUGUGAGGUAGGGCCGAUUCAUAUGGUACAGCGUCUGUUCAAAGCUUUCGAGGAUUUUAUGACUUGCAAAUACAACUUCAACUAAAAUAGAUUAUUCGGGGCCGCUAUCGUUAGGUCGUGAUUGUACAAGCAGAUCAAAUAUCUGUUGCGACUUUUGUUUCGAGAAGCAUGUUACGGUAAAUGCACAGCUUUUGCAAACGUUGUACCAUAUCAAUCAGCCCAAGUAUAAAAUGUGGAACGAGGUGAGUGAGACUUUUAUUAUAUGUUGCGGUUUUAUAUUCGGCUUCGUCUUCCGGUUUAUUUUUCGGCUUUCGGUUAUUAGUUUUUCAAACUCGGCUUCGAUCGGCAUGAAGGCUUGGCAUCGACAUUUUCUCGAUAACAAGCCACCAAUAACCGCUGCUUGCCGUCUGGUAGCCCUGGAGUGUCCAUUCGAAGCAUCAAGUUUUAUGGAUACAUGGACAUGCCUUGGUUUCACUGGACGCCAAAUUUUUCUUGUAGGAGCGCUCCCCAAUUAUAGAUUAAUUAACUUUUGUAACUGGUAAAUGAAAUUCAAUAAAGACUUGGAACAUUCUGUGCUGCUUUUGUGUGUGUGUUUUUUUCUAAUAUAUUAACUGUUGAGGAAGCAUUUCAGUUUGCUAAUACAACUUUAAAUAAAGAAACAAAAAAACAUGAAGCUUUCUCUGUGGUGUCUUUAAUUAAAGUGGUACGUUCACUAUAUACUAAUACAGUUUUAUUUCAGGACCAAUUUAAAGACUAUCAUUUUCUCAAUUACACGCAUGCAAAUUGAUGUAACUAAGUCAAACUUAAAAAAUAAUGUCAUACAAAAAUAAAGAAAAAAAAAACAAAGUUGUCACUGUAGUGCCUUUAAUUAAGAUCACACGUUCACUCAAAUACUAAUACUGUUUUAUUUCAGGAAUUAAAGACUAUCAUUUUCUCAAUUGCACGCACGCAAAUUGAUGUAACUAAGUCAAGCUUUAAAAAUAAUGUCAUAUGAAAAUAAAGAAAAAAAUACCCAAAGUUGUUAGUGUGGUGCCUUUAAUUAAGAUCACACGUUCACCCAAAUACUAAUACUGUUUUAUUUCAGGAACACUUUUGUUGUAAAGACUAACGUUCUAAAAAAGUCUAAAAAAUAAAGAAUCAAAAACCAAAUUGUUUGUAACUAAUUCAAACGUUAAAAAUGCAGUUUUAAAGUUUCAAGACAAAAUUCUACGUACUAAAAUUGUUGUUGUAUCAAAACGUUAAAAAAUAAAAGUUGUCAUUGAAACAAAAAUUUAAGUUGUGUCUUUAAUUAAUAAGGAGGUACGUUCACUAUAUACUAAUGCAGUUUUAUUUCAGGAACACUUUAAAGACUAUCAUUUUCUCAAUUCUACGCACUCAAAUUGUUGUAACUAAGUCAAACGUUAAAAAAUAAAGUCAUACAAAAAUAAAGAAACAAAAAACAAAGUUGUCACUGUGCUGUCUAUUACUAAUACAAUUACAUUUCAGGAAAACUUUAAGGACUAACUGUUCGGAAUUCUUCGCACGUAAAUUGUUGUAACUAAGUCGCACUUUGAAAAUAAAAAUAUACAAAUAUAAUGAAAAAACAGAGCUGUCACCGUGGUGUGUUUAAUUUUUAAUUAAGGUAUGAUUUUACGUUAUCCAUUUACUAAUGCAUUUUUUUUGCAGGAACGUUUUAAGGGCUAAUAUUCUUGCAAUGCUACGCUUUCAAAGUGUUGUAACGGUUUCGCUCCUUAAUAAAAUAAAAUUUUACAAUCACAAUGCAGUCAGUGUGUGCGUGUGUUUUUUUCUAUCGAACAGAGCCAGUCGAAUGCUCAAGAUUGUUUUUUCCUUUUUGACCACUACUCUUUGGAGACCAGAAAAGUCUUCAUUUUGGAUGUAACCUAAAGAUCGCGCUCCACAUCUGUUUUUGGAUAUGCCCUCCGAAGAUGCAAGCUACUUUUUUCCCUUUUUUGGAUGCCUUCUUUCAAGCAACGACUGGUACCAGAAACUCGAUGCUGUUUUCUCGAACACACGAACUCUCGUGGAAGUACAUCUAUAUGUAACAACAAUACUCAAGUUAAUAAAGUCGUAAAAAACGAAAACUCGCUGUGAUUGUGGUGUCUUUUACAUAUUGUUCCUUGAUAUUCUGUCUAGUGGCUACACAAAUUACUUGUGCAAUGUUUUUCCUGUGACUUACUCUGCAAGGACUAAUAUAUGUCUCAGUUCAACGGGCGCAAAUUGUGUAAUAAACUUGCGUAUUAAUGAACAAUAAAAUUAACAAACACAACGUGUCCAAUGUGAUUCUUUUACUUACAUAAAUAUCUGAAAAGGUUUGAUUUCAGGCGAAUUUCGAACUUGAACGUCGUAUAUUCUGACAGAACUCUUUUAUCUUCAGUUUAGUUUUUUUUUUCGGAGAAUGAAUAGCUAAUGCAUCCCUACACUCAUGCACCACCGGCGAACGCCAUUUUUUGGCUCUUUUUUCCAAGUUUGAGACUACUUUUCGUAUUUCUUUUUGUGUGCGCCCCUUCAAGAGACGACUGGUGACAAGACGCCAAUCCUGACACAGUGAUGACUUUUUUCCCAGCAAGAAACAGCCGCAGUACUGAAUAUUCACUAUAACAUUACUUGCUUGUAAUCAUAACUAUUAACUACUCUCGAUAAUAAAAGCCAUUAAAAAACACAAAGUUGUCAGAGUGGUAUCUAAUUUUUAUACCUUCAAGGUAAUAGCCGAGAUUACACUUGUGUAUUUAUUAGCUCUUGUUGUUACAAUUUUUCGCCCAAAAAUUGUUGUAUAAUUGAGUUGUACUUAUAAUAUGAUGAACAAUAAAGAUUCAUAAACUCAAGGUAGUCAUUAUCUUUUCUUUUACUAACAAGAUACCUAUUUCAGAAACAGCGAUUAAAAUAUUACUGGGAGAUUUUUCUCUCAUUAUCUCUCGCCGUUCGCCUUUUCAGCGGAGUAAAAAGAAAAACGUCUUUAUAGCGCGACCUGAAGAUGGCGUAAGACCAUUUUUCGCGUGUGGUUAUCAAGAGUUUCUUUUUCUUCUCCUGUGUACACGAGUUCCUUCAAGAAACGCAUGACGCCUCUAAAUCUGAAAAGACUACAAAGACGAGUUCAAGUGCUCAAGUAAGAGAGAUGAUUUGGAAUUAAAGUUAUUUGAUCACUUAACAUGUAUAGUAUCAUUUAGUUUUCAGAUCAAACGCUGCCGCCCUUUGGAUCUAAAGAAACUGAACAUGCUUAUGAACUGUAAGUACAAAUAUUUCAAUCACUCUGACAAAUAUUCAAGGAUUUUCAAAUCAAUGAGGCCUCAAACUAGAUCCAACCGCAGUUACUAAGAGGAAUGAAUCGGUGCAUAAAUUUGCCAAUGACUGAUACUUAUUUAGGAACGUACAGUAAACACCCGCAUAUAAGAACAAAUGGAUUAAGAACACCAGGCUGAAAUUUGGCCAAUUAAGCCCCAUUUUUAUAAGAACAAGAUCAGCCUGAAAAUUGUAACAAGUUCUUAUAAAAUGGAAAAAGAGUCAUAAAUUUAAAACAUGUAAGUUUAUGUUUGCUGUCAGAUAACUUCAUUUGUUAAUAUAAUCAAAUUACAGAAUAAUUAUUUAUUUUAUUUUCCUAAAAUAUGCUAAAUAUACCUCUCGCAACAUGCCUUGGAUAGUAUUACUAAAUAAAAAUUUAAGAACAUUUUAAGAACAUUUUGAGGCUGAUUUGUCAUUAACCACCCGAUAAAUAAUAACUCAAUCAGCCUGACCUCCGACAUUGUGUGUUCUUACAUGCGGGUGUUUACUGUACCACAUGUAACAACACCAAUAUGAACUGGCAUAUUCAACAGUCAUGAUUUCCAGUGAAACAGUGCUAAUUGUCUUGUUAGCUAUUUUCUACUUCAGACACUCAGGAAGCUCAAGAAAGGACUCAAAAGAAAUCAUGAGUUCCAAACCGUGAGAACGGCCUGGAAUGGAAUGACCUAAGCUGCAAAAGAAAAAAUAGAGAAAACACAAGUUUUUAUUUAAAUAAAAUCAUGCACAUGAUCUUUAAAUGUUACUUUGAUUACAUCAUAAGCAAAGCCACGACCUGGACCAUUCCAUAUGAAGAUACUAUUUAUGAAUUUGUCAAUCUCAACUAAAAAAGGAAAAUGACAACUAUGAGAACUUAAUAGAAUUUCAAUCAAUAGCCUUCUCGUAGCUUAUGGGUGUGGUACAGAGAAGCAGUUUAAACAUUACUAUUGCUUUAAAGAUGAACUUAUACAGAUUUGUCUUUGAUUCAUUUUAAUCAUACUAGUUCUUCCUUAAUACAAAUGAUAACUGGUCUUUAAGCAUGGUAUUUAGUUUAGGAAGUUCCAGAUCACCCUAGAUGGCACAGCCGAGGUCAUGAAGGCUUUUGCCACGUCGCAUGGUGAUCGAACAAGCUGCUCAUCGGACGGAAGUUGUUUGCCUCGCUGGAAGUCGCCAGUCAGUUACUUUAUUGCACGUUGCUGCAUCCGUGGGACAAGGAGAGGUUAAGGUAAUUAAUCAUCGCGAUAAAACUAUUGUUAAAACUGAGAAAACAAACUUUGAAAAGCUAAAAUUAAGGUAUUCUGGUCAUGGAAUUCUAGGCACCCAGUUUGACGCGUGACAUGAAAUUUUGAAGACAGGAUACUUUUGACAAAACGUAGUUGCGUAGAACUAAGCUCUAAGCAGAUCACUCUGUAAUUGCUGGAUCACUAGAAUAAUUCUCUUAACACUGUAAAAUGGGCAGAAGCACAGGUCCAGUUGAGAUGUGAUUCUUUAACUUGUUAAUUUAAUUCAUCAACAGGGAACCAACUCUUGAAAAAUCUACACUUUGAGAGGAGCAGAUCAAAGUCUGUAUUAAAUCCCAAAGCCUGCUGUUCAUUUCUCUAGUUUACUCUUAAUCGUAUUGAGAAUACUCUCUCUUGCAUUCUAACUUCCUUAUUUUCUAGAAGUACAAUCCUUAGUUCAACAGCUUCCUGAUGCCCGGAAAAAUGCCUUCCUCAAGUAGAUUAAACCGACAAACCAAAUCGAGGUAAGUAUACCAGGUUAUAGUUCAAAGCUGUUCUCUUUUCUUAAACCUUAAAGCCUUUUUCUUUGAACUUGAAAGAAAAAUAUUUGAAAAGAAAUAGUAAGUUGUGUGAUGGUGCUCAAUUUUUAUUGAUGGUAAACCCAGGGAGGGUGAGGAUCUGACAGGAAAAUGCGGAAAAUUCUCCAGAGAAAGGGCGAUUUAAUCCUUGUUGACCUCCUUGUUGAAAGGUUAAAAUCAAGCCUACAUCACGUGGGGGAAUCAAAGUGUUUUUUUACUGCUAAAAGUGGUCCCAAUUUUCCUACAUUUUUUAUUUUUAAAGAGGUUUUUGCCGUAACUGCAACUGUUUGAUUUUAGAAGUUUUAGCUUGGGGGGCUCGUCGGACCCAGCCCUACACUGACUGGCCCCAGGAUAGUAUGGAAAAUAGUCUGUGAACAGGCUGCACGUUUGGGAGCAAGGGAACUAAAAAUCGCGAGGAAACUGUAAGGAAAAAACAGACGAGGGGAGAGUGAUAAUGAUUUUUAAAUGGUUUAAAUAUUUUUCCAACAGCUACAGGGAGAAUGAUGCAAUUCCUCCGAACGUCUGACUGCAUACACCGGUUUCACUGGAAAAAUAGAUUGCUAUAUUUAUUUUGUAUAUAUAGCAGAACAAUCUCAGAUUGUUCCUUGACGGCCUUGUUAAAAGAAAGCAAAGUAGAAACCCUAGUUUACAACUCGUUGAUAUUACGCGUGUUAGAAAUUAAAUGCCAAAUUAUGAUUACUACAAUACUUCUCAUUCGAUGUGAAACUGCGGAGUGAUUAUAAAUUUGCUGGCUUUAAGCAAAACUCGAGCCUGUGUGAAUUAUGCACGUUUGUCUUCGAGGCAUAUUCAUGGUUGUUCGAAACAUUAACCCCUGAACUUUGACGGACGUACAAAUUCUUGCAUUUGCUUCUGUUUAGGCCUUGAGCGGUAGUUAGCGGUUUUUGAUUGCAAUUAUUGAGUCCACUCAGAUAAAGGUACUAAAAAAGCGUGCAGAGAAAAGUUUCAUCCCCUGGACCGCGAUUUUUUUUCUCAGUGAGUUUACACUUUUACAGGAAACAGUUUUCCUGGCUGUUGAUCUAAAAGACAAUCGGACACUUCGUUCAAAUCAGCAGCAGCCGCGAUUCCAGAUCGAUCUGAUCUUACUUUAAUCAAGUUGUAAACUAAUUUAGAAAUGUUGUUCCUUCAAUGUAACAAUUACUUGUUUGAAUCAAAUGAAUGUAAAUUUGGAAGCCAUAGAUUAAGGUUAAAAGCUUUUCACCCCCAAAUUAAAACUUUCAUAAUAAAUUAUCUAAUAUUUGAACCCUCGCAUUAACACUUGCAAGUUGAAAGGAAUCUCAGUUCAACUAAAGUUAUAGACUCACCCGCAUGUACUUUUUACUAGAUGUUCACAGACAACAUUGGAAUUUCUGAAAUAAGUACACUAAUACUGUACUUUACGCACUGAUCAGCCUAACAUUUAACAUAACCUGCCGCUAACUUUGUAAUGCUGUAAUAUUUUCGGAGGUUCCAAUGUACCUUUUACAGAUUUUUAUUUGGCUUUAAUGUUUUUCUGGUUUUCUUGCCUAGACGUCUUACGUAGGAGGGGAGGAGGCGGGUUUGAAUGUGCUCCCAUCCCUACCUCGUCUUGGCGCAUACUGCACAAUAAAACGUGUGAUGAUCAUAGCUUUAAAACCUUUGUAAAACGUUUCCAAUUUGUUUUAAGGCAAAGUGUAUUUGCAUAAGACGGUUGCCUUCGUACAGCACGGUGCAAGGCACUGUGCAAGACGAUACGUGAGCCUCAUUCUGCCUAACGAAGAGUUUUGACAACCCAAGUGUAACCUCUUGUCACUUUCGUAAGAUUGUAUCUUGUAAUAACAAUUCAUGUUGGCUGUUAGAUAUGUGUACACAUUGACCUCUGUUUGCGUUUGGCCGGAUGUAUUAAAUGCUUAAUGUUAAAACGGAUCCUCCCUCAAAAGGCAGAGGACGAUGAGGAUGUUCAACUACAGAAAAUGAAAUUCAAUAAUGUCUUUAAAUAUCAUAGUUAUGCCAGCUUUGUUUUCAUGAAAUAAAAACGUUACAACCUAGCGGUACUCAGUGAUCUGAGUUUGUAUGUUUCUUACGUGUUAUUUAAGCAAAAAUAAAAAAAAAUGAAUAUUUUUGGUUUGUUCUCAGUGCCUUCGCGUUUUUAAUAACUUUCCUUCUUGAUGAAUGCUUGAUCAUUCCAGUGUCUCGGAAGGUUAGCUGUCUCCCGGCAUGUAGCUCUGAGGGGAAACUUUAAAGGGGGUGAUUCGGCAAGGCCUUCAAACCCUGGCCUCGCCCUGUUUAACACAAGAUCAGUUCACUUAGCUUCCUUCUAUACCCACGCGGAAAAGACCUAACUUCGAGGGCACCCCAAAUAUAACACCCUGAAAAAGUCUUAUGAUGUACCUUUAGAAAAUGUAGGCACCACUUACAUGGACCUCGCACCGCUGACGUUCACCGACCCUGUCAGGAGAUCAUAUCCCUGAUCCUGUUCAAUCAAGGCUUCCUUUCCGGCAGAAAGACAAGCUGUUUAAAGCACCUAAUGGUGACGUUGUACAGCCUGGUUAAGACUUGAGAUCCCCAAAACCAGGACAUCCUGUUGGGUGGCAAGCACCCGUCCACCUGUAUCCGUUUUCAUUAAAAGAAAAAUAGCCGGCGGGAUAGUUAGCGCAAGCAAAGUUUUGGUAGAGGAGGAGCUGCGAAUCCUGGAGGCGAGGUUAACAACUUAGGCUACAGAUUAAGACGAAUCAGAAAUAACAAGCUUGAACAUUUGAAUUGAAAGCACUUAAGUUCAAAGGAGCCCAAAGGCAAGGUGGCAAAGAAACAUUCUCUAGUCUUGCGCGAAAUUACUCGAGUUGUGGGUGCUUUGAAAAGGACUGGGGAUAUGAAUCUGACAAACAGGUCAAAUCGCCAGGGGGCGAAGUGCCAGUAUCGCGUGCGUGCUUACAAAAGAACUGGAUAAAUGUUACGAAAACCAAUUGCGCUAUAUCCAGUGGAUAGAGAUUUAUCCGAUGAAUAAUAUUAUCCAUCCUUUUGAACAACUGGGGCCUGAUGUUGCUGAAAGAGGCUUUAAGGCCCUUAAGUAUAUAGUUCGCAAGAAGUUGAUUUGGCACUUGUAGUACUAGCAGAAGAAGCCGUAUCAAAUUAAGGGGGCAGUCUGGUUCCUUUUGCGGGGGAAAUGGGGUGUUGAAAGCAGUUAGUCCACUAAAGAGUUCAGGGGCAUCUUGUUUUGGUUGUGGACUAUCUGGUCUUUGUCUUCUAACCACUCACUUCAUACUUAAGUGUUCAACAACCCCCAAAUCCAAUCUUUUUAAUUUUUUUUUUUAAAUUUUGGAACACUCCCAUCUUUGUUCAUGAAAAAUGCCAAAAAUAAAAAAAUACCCAAGCAACAGGCCAUUUGCAUGAUGGCGUCAUUUUACUACGUACUUUGACAGGAUCCUUCAGGGUUUUGCUUUCUUGUGCAAAUUAGGGCUUUUGUUAUUUAAACCUCACCGGGACUACCAAAAUUAAAUAUGAAAGGAAAAACGAAAAGUCGUAGUAGUAAGAUGACGCCAUCGUGCAAAUGGCCAAUUAUUGAACCCGACUAUGACCUUAGAUUGAAAAAAAUCUUGGCCAGCUUGCCAGAUAUUUAAGAAAAAGGGCGAAUAUAAAUGAAAAACAAGGCUUUUAUUGACCAGACUGCCCCUCUGACGGCGCUGUUUUUUAAUCUUUAUAUUCCCAUUUGAAACCAACCAUAAAUCAUUACGUUAUUGGUGAUAUGGGUUACCUUUUAACUCUACGUUAACAGCUCUAAAAAUAUCAACCCUAGUAUUGAUUUUGAGGCAAAGUUCUUGAAGUAGUCGCCGAAGUAAGUUUAGAUCACGCAGGGCUAUCCUUCAAGCAAUUACAAGAAUUGCUAGUUUAAUGUACAUGUUGUAGUUUAAUUUUCAUCUCGGGUAAUUUUCGUAACGAAAGAAAAAUAACAAUUAUCUGAGAUGAAAAGUAAACUACAACAUACAUGCGCCACAAGGAAUAUUGCGGUUGUCUGUGGUUGUUCAAGUCGAACGGAUUAUUCAUAUUACCUCAAGUUCUUAUCAAAACUGAACUCUACCCAGGCAAUGGGAAAAAACAAGAGCCCAAAGAAUCAAUAUGUAGGUUGACAAGUCUUCCAGGGCCAGGAACAGCAAAACUUAAUACUCCGCGUAGUUUAAACAGAAAAAUGCUAGUCCCUUUAAUCUUUACGGGAAUCUAAUCAAAACCAUGACCUCAAAGUUGCAAAAAACGCCAUACAUUUUUGUCAUUUUGUCAUGUUUGGGGGUUAUAAAAGGAAGCAGUCUGAAUUGUUUGUGACUUUCGAACUGUUUCCACCGUUUAAUUUCCAUUUGUAUCGCGUUAUUGUUUUAUUUCGCAAGCAGGUGGUCAGGAAAAGAUGUGAUUUUCCAAAAUUGCACGUCGCUCUCGGAUAUAAAGGACUUCUUGAAAAUUGAUGUUGUUCAACUAUCGUAAAACACAGGGUAAUUUUAGCCAAUCAGCGGUUUUCAACAAGAAUGCGGUGGGAAUAAUUGGGGCCCUGGGGCGGAAUAGUUACUUAAUCCUUGGGUUUUGAAGUCUAUUACUCAGUGUUGAUGGUCAUUUCAACUUUUCGUCGUUUUUACUUCCUUUUUACCCCGCUUAGACUUCAUCAGAAGAAACACGGGAGAAACCUAGCUGGUAACUGAACUGCAUAAGAGUUGACUCGUCAGCAAAUUCCUAGUUUUAUCAGCCAAUCGUUUCCUAGUUCAUCAGCUGUAGUGAUUGAACAAGAACCACUCAAUACAAUUUGUUCCCUGACUUCUCCUCUUUGAUCCUUUGCUGUGUUCAGCAUUUCCUUACCAGGUAAGCUUUCUCACUUUAUUUCCCUAAAAGCGGAUGUGUUUUACCUAGUUAGACUAGCUUUAUCUUGAGUCAUACGUCGAUGGGAGCUGACAGGCUGCGAGAUUAACGUAGUUUCACCUUUGAGAGACCGUGAAUUGCCAGUUUUAUAGAUUGUCCUGUAGGUAAACUCAAACUACUUUGAUAGGGUUUCGUCUGAGGUUAUGUAUGUGGCAGUGAUCUUGAUAACCAAACAACAUAUUAAUUUUAUCAGCAACACAGAUGCCUUGUGCUAGAGUUAAGCCUUAUUUGGGUAAACAAUUUUUACUCGAAAUUGUCACACUGCACACUGGAUGUGAAAAAAGUACCCAAAAUCGUGGACUCCGUACAGAUCUUCUCCCAUCAAUGAUUUUAUAGUAAGCCUAUAUUUCAGUUAACGAGGAAGUUUAUUUUGGAACGUCUAAAUUAGAAGGUCGUUUUAAAUUUGGUGUUUAAUUUUUUAUGAAAUAAUGAUUUACUACAAAUGAAUGGAAAAACACAUUUAUUCCACUUGGCGCGGUAUUCGUACAGAUCAAUAAUUUAAGUUUACCUUCAUAUUAACUCGAAAAUGUAAGCAAUCUAUACAAAGUCUGUUUAAUAAACGUUUUACAUGUAAAAAUAUCUAACUGGAGUUCAAAGUAGGAAGGCCAAAGGCAUGACUCUUAAUCAUUAAAAAAAUGUCAUGUGUGACUUUUCAGUGCCCAAUAUAUAAAAAAAACCAACAACAAGAAGUUAUGAAUUAUGGAUUAUGUAAAUCAUGUGGUUUGGCAAAUAUAUUUCUGUCGGUAAAAAUACUCUAUAUCGUAGUUUGAAAUGUUUUGGUUAAAGUUUUGGUUUUGACCACCAUAAAUCAAGCCAAAUUUCCUCUUCGCUGCUUAAAAGUCAUUUUUAAGACAGACGAUAAUCUUAUUUUUCAUUUUUUAUAUUUUUUGUUGCCUAGGGAACUACAAUAUCAAAACAUUAUAAAAAGCAGGUGUGAAACCCACAUUUUAAAGACAUGUCUCCACCUGUACAUUAAAAUGAUACACAUUAAAUUUUAUAUUUGAACAUAAUGAAGAUGCCAUAGGAGCUUCUGCUUUCCCCUCUAACCCCAACAUGACAAAAAAAUUGUUGAUGUUUGUGACCAUGGAUUAGAUUCCCUUUAAGACUAAAAAAAGAGGAAAUUGCAUUAUUUUUUCCUUUUUUAAUUUUUUUACUUGACCUAAUGCUCCAUGUAUUGUCUGAAGUGACAGCUGUCUAGUCAGUAUUUUCAACCCCCAACCUGAUGGCCGGUUGGGAGGUUGAAGUGAAGAGAUGGCUGACACUUAAGACCAAAAAUGCUUUGACUCCUUUUUUUGGAACGUACAAAAUUCAGACCAGAACAAGGCAUAAUGAAAGAGGCACUAUAAUAUUGUUAUUCAAUGAGAAGCAAUCAUGUAGACAACGGCCAACAAAAUUAUAAAAUCAAGACAGCAGCAUUUAAGGUCCGUACACACUAGGUGACAAGUUGCAGCAACAUAUCAUGGCAACAUGUCACAGUGACAAAUCGGUUUGUGUGUACUGGAGAAUUUUUGUGAAAAUAUUUGUCUCUGCAACUGAAUUUUGCCGCAGCAAUUAACAUGCCACAGAAAAUCAAAUCAGACACUUUAUUUUCUUAAGGCUGUCAAUCAGCAUUUAUUACAGGCUGCUAUUAGAAAAUACAAUCUUUUGAUUAGAAAGAAGAAUUUUGACUCCAAUAAUAAUAUAAUCAGUUUCAGAUAAACAAAAGUCAUUCCUAAAUGUUAGCCAAACUCAUCGAUCAAAAACAUGUCAACAAUUUAAGCCUGUGGCAUGACAGUUUGCUUUAAGCUUUAAAGGCUGUCAAACUUCAUCAACAGCUUAAACCUUUGGCACGACAGUUUGCUUUAACAGCUGUCAAACUUCUAGUGUUUGUGGGCAAAACCUGUCAUGUUUGGCACUCUGUCAGAACAGGUUUUUUAUCUCAUGUCUAGGCUUAGAUACAACUGACAGUAGUUGUACAACCCACUAUUAAAAGUAUGCAAGUAGUUAUUUAGUGUUAUGGAAAACAGUUAAUGAAAAGGUUCUUUUUUUGUCCUCAAUCAAAACUCACAUCCAUUUAUCUUUGGGUGUGGUGUUAUGAAAUACCAGUAAUCAGUUAGAAAACAAAUGAAAGAAAAUUUGCCCAAAAAAUUUGUGAUAAAAUUGACUCACAACGUGUGCAUGUCUUCUUUUGCAGGUUGAAUGAGGUGUACUCAAUCCAAGACACCAUUUUUUCACCCUGCCCGAUCAUGGUUGUUGUGUUGGUAACUGGUGUUUGUGGAAGUGGAAAGUGAGUGAUGACUUGAAUUUAAUUUCAUUUUCAACCCUUAUACCUUACUACCACCGGGGGUGCAAGAAGUGGGGGUGGGGCAGGUUCGGGUACUCUAGGAAUUUUUAGGUGGGUUUAGCUGCUGAGACCCUAUACCAAACCAUUUCAAACUGCAAUUUACAUACCAUAUUCUAGACCAAAAUUUCCAAAUUAAAGUUCUUGUCAUAGCAAGCCCUAGGAUUUCACAGUAACGAUCAUUUCUGGUACCGUGUUGUUACCGUGGUCUUAAAAUAACAGAACCGAGAAAAACGUUUCCCAGUGACAUUUACAGCAGUAGGGUUCAAUUUACAGAAAUUCACUCUUUUCCCACUCAGAUUCUUAACUAGAAGAGCCAUUCUUAGUUAUGAUUCGGGUUAUGUACGAAACUAAAACGUUGAUUGCCAUCUGUCAUCUUUCUAUUGUUCACCAUCUUGAAUUGUUACCAAAGAACAUUGAACAUUGCUGGUUUAUGGCCUCCAGGGCCAAGAAAACAAUAUGUGAAAUAAUUGAAAACAUUUUUAAAAGAGGUGGAUUAAUUCCCAUGAAUUUUCGAGUGGAACCAAAAAAUUGUUACUAAUGCUUUCACAUGAUCCCUGGGCACAGAAACAAAAAUUGUUUUCCAUGGAAAUUGAAAUCCUAGGGUUUAUCAUACUCUAGGCUCACUAAGAACCAAAAACUUGACUUUUUAUACCACUGGUCAAUUAAAAAUGAAUGAUAUGCUAUCGUAGACCAAAAUGCUUUGAUUUUUAUACCGUAUCUCAAAUUUCACUGUUUGAAAACCCUACCAAACAUACUCAACUCGGAUUACAACUCUGACCACUCAGUUAGUUCAGGUCUACUAGGCUCAAACCCUUGCUAGACAAUGAACAAAGGUCUCGAAAACCUGAUCAGGGCAUGCUGGUUGUGAUAUAACACCCUGUGUUAGUUCAUAGUUCGCAGUUAAUUGUGCAGUGAUGUCGAGCUUUUGGCAUUGUCUCCUUCAUCUCCAGCUAUCCAUUUACAAGGGAUGUAAAACAAAACACAGCACUAUUCUUUUUUUUAUUUUAACAGUCUUAGGGGUAAUGCAAGGGGUGGAAUAUUCUGCCCCUGUUUCUUCCAAAAAAGCUUGAUCUGCAUGAAUAAUCUACUUUCUUGUAUUCUACAGAACAACAGUAGCUCGCGCCUUGGCAAAAAAGGUGGGUGUCUACUGCUGUUCGUUGGUUAUUUUUUUCUUUGGGCAUAGUACUUUUAUAUUAAAAACUAUCACUCAUAUGGAUGGUGGAUGCAGCUGGGUUUUGUUAAAUUCUUGCCAGUUUAUUAGUUAAAAGUACUCUUGAUGACAGUCAUUGUUUGUAACCAUGCUCAUUAAUUUUCCUGCUUUACACUAUUGAAAUUAACCAUAUGCAAAUAACAUUGCCUUGUCAGAUGACAUAUAUAUUUUACAAGAGGCACGUUUGAUGACUGCAAGUUACUCAAACAAAGGUCUUUUUCCUGUUGCCAAUACAUUUGUUACUGAAUGAAAUAUUUAGUAAUUCCUCGCUGCACUCCUGACAAAUUUGGAAGUGAAUUGCCAAGAAUCUUAUUUGUUAAUUGGGAGAGUCCAAGCCCUACAAUAGAUUUAAAUUUAUCCUCGGAUGCUUUAGAUUUGCUGUGAACUCCAAAAGCAAAGAUAUUAUCCACCCCACCCCAUAGAAAGUUACUGGGAAACUGGAGGGGGAGAUGGCUGGUAUAUGUUAAACCAACAUUUAUGCAAAGAACAAUUUUCAGAGGGGAUGAGGGUGGAGGGUCAAUCCAGUAAACUCUGCAUGAGGGAAAAUGGAAUUUUUCUGGUCAUGGAGCAAGGCAAUAUAUCUACUGCUUUACAGUCGCACGCUUAUUACCAACACCUCAUUGCAGUGGAACCCCGUUAAUAAGGUCAUCAAUGGGUAAAAAGAUUUGGCUGUAUUAACAGGGUGGCCAUAUUACCACGGCAGGAUUACAUGUAACUUUCAUGACUUGAGGCCGUAAUGACAAAACUACUUGGAACUUUUCUUCAGAAGAUAGAACACUUUUACAAAUCGGCUAUUAAACCUCCACCAAAUGCAUUUUUGUCUAAAAACAAAACAAGAUCAGGCUCAGCUUACUAGGUCAAUGAAACUGACAUGCCACAGGCUUUUGAUUUUCUAAAUUUCGAAUGAGUGGCCGUAUUAAUGGGGUCAAAUUAUAAAAGAUUCUACUGUUUCGGAUUUAAAAAACCUGGCCAUUGGCCGCAUUUACAGGUGACCACAUUAAUGAGGGUUUUUUACAAGAAAAUGUAUGGCCUUUUUGCUGGGCUGAAAAAAAGUGGCCAUAAUAACAAGGUGAUUGUAUUACCGAGGUGGCUGUAAGGCGGGGUUCCACUGUAUUACGGACAGUUUGCUUUGUCCCUGAGCAAAGAGAGCCAUUACAUUUUCUCUAAUUUCAGCCAACUUAAUACGGACACUUUCUAUGGCCCCCUCAGUGUCCAUGUUAAGCAGGUUUGACUGUAUGUGUGCUAACAGUAGUGCGAGCAGUGGACCUCAUAAUGUAGUUUCACUGGAAAUCAGCGUGCCAGGUAGCCUUCAAAUGAAAUGCAUGCAGGAUCCUUAAUCUUAAAAAUCUGGAUUUAGAUUUGAGCUGACUAAUGAAUCUUCCUGGUGUGUGGAUUCUUCAGAUUCAAAAUAUUUUUUCAGACUUAAGUAAAGAAGUGCAAGUUUCAAGAAGCCAGAUUGGGAUUUUCUCAAAGAAACAAACCUUUUGAAAUUGCUGAUGUUUGAGUCUUGUUAAUCUGCAUUCACUCACUUUUGACAGUUAUCAUGCCCCUAUGUGGAUGCUGAUCAUUUCCAUUCAGCAGGGAAUAUCACAAAGAUGAAACAGGGAACUCCCCUGACUGAUGAGGUAAACAUAGUAGCUUUCAUUACUUUUAGGCUUUCAUUACUUUAAGUGCGUGGGCAAAGUGACAAGUUUAUCCGAGGAAAAAAAAUAAUGUCGUAUGUUCAACAACUAAGAAUGGAAAAAGAGCAAAUGCUGGUCAUUUCUGGACCCAUCUAUAUCUUUCAGCCACAAAAAUCCUAUUCGGGACAUGUAUACUCGUUUCUUAAUUUUUUUUGGGGGGGGGGGAUUUUAGCCAAUUUACUGUAGAUUGAAGGCAGAAUAAUAGAGCAAAUAACUAAAAGAGAUUCAUGUUUUUUUCUUUUGUUGUACAUUCUACAUUUGCCGUAUACAUUCAUCACGUUGUCGCAUAAACUCGUCAUUUUUUUUCCUCUAUAAAGCGACAGUCCCCUAGAAGUAACGGAACUCAACGUACUGGUAAUCAACAAGGGCAGGCAGAGGGGGAAAGGGAAGUGAAAAGCAUAAACAGCAUAUAAAUAAUAUUAUACUGUGAAUUAUUUUUUUAGCCAUGAUUAAAAUUUUGAAAUCAGAUGAAAUACAAACUCCACACAUACAAUGUACAACAUGCAUAUUUGGAAGAUAUCAUUGAUCUAUUUAUGUGAACUACAAAUUGUGCAUAAUAAUUUAAUUGUGAUACAAAAAAGUUUCCUUUAUACACGGAAAAGCCUGAGCCAUUAAGAGAAAACAUGUUAUCAGAUCUCCCUGACUUGCUGAAGUAAGGAACUUUAAAACUACUUGCGUGCACCAUUAGGCAGUUUUCAUUGUCAGGAAUGAUAUUAUUCAUUAUGGAGAAUAUUUAUAAAGGGUUUCAUUUAUUGUUUGUCUCAUGAUUGCCACUUAGAUAUUGAUUGAAAUGUUUCAACCUUGACUGAGGGUCUUCAUGAGGUUGAAGUGUACUAAGUAGGACUUUUUUGUACCACCAUAGUUGUUAGUGAUUGGUGUCUAACGAAUUUUGCUCUUUUUUGGUGGGUUUCGAUCCUAAGCAUUGUUGGCAUUAUGAGAGGAGGAAACUGUUUCCUCAGUGGUCUGUUGUGGUAGCGAUCAGCUGCUAUGUUGUCUGAUUGUAGGCAUCCACGAUUCAGGAAUCUCAAUUCCAUUGUCUCUGUUGGUGGUGUUACGGUAAAGUCUUAUGUGAUUUAAGCCUGUAACUGCAUGAGAGUACCAGUGAGGGUCUGGGUCAAUAAACUUAACCUCAUCCCAUUUACAAUUGGUGUUGUUUGUGCACUCUUUUUACACUGUCUAACUGCUUGUCAUAGGUCUUGUUUUGCCUUAGAAAGGCUUCCGUCUUUGUUGGGGACUCAUUUUUUCUCUCACCAGCACGUUUGAGUGAACCACCAUUUAUAUAAGCUUCAUUAAAUUUCAUUAUCCAUUUGUAUAUUUGACAGGACAGGCAACCUUGGCUACUUGCCUUAAACAAAGUGAUUGAAAGGUAACAUAUACCUUCAUAUUGUUAUAUCAUUAUAUCAUUUCAGUUGUGUAGAUGACAGGGUGCAAUAAAAAUCAUUUUUACAGCUUGCCAUUCGGGAAAGCUGAAGUUAGCAUUUACUAGCCCAGACGUCAUUUCAACUAACCCCAAAAGCUUUCUGACUAGCAGAAUUGAUUGCACAGUUCUUCUGUUAUUCUAAUUCCUCAAAAAAACAUCACUUGCCUAUCGGGCAAGUUAAAAACAGAAUUCACUGGCCUGAUUGCAAAAUCCACUAGCUGUCUGGACUAUCGGACACUACUUUCUUUGCACACUAAGAUGAGUUUUGAUUUUAAGCUCUUGAGUCUCAUGUUGUUUGCAAAGAGCGACAUGAAAGCCCAAACUUUCAUUUGCAAGCAAUUUAUGAAGUAAAUCUUAAUUUUUGAGUUACAUUUAUCUACAGUUGUAUUGUGGACAUAAAUUUGUAAGGAUCACUUUUGUUUUCUAAUAUUAAAGCGUGCCUUACAUUGACGAUCAUGAAAAGCUUUUCCAGUCAUACCAUCGCUAGGAUUUUAUACAUUUUUAUUAUUGCCUUUACACACAAAAACAAAGAAAUAAGAUGAAAAAUUGUGCCUGAACAUAUAGAGAAGGAGACAAAAUGACACUUCUAGAGUCUUGUACCUCUAUCAGCCUGUAAUAAAAUUCAGAUGAAACUUGUUUGGUAGCACUUUCAUAUUAAAUCACCUUGAUGAAAUGAAUCAGAAUUUAUUAUGUUUUUGUUUUCUGUGGUGGUUCUAAUUAUUUUAUCCUUGGUUCAAAUUUACUUUCCCUUGGUUCAGUGAAUACCCUAUCUAACCAUAUCCAAGAAGAAAGGAAAACGAGUUUGAACCUAAGUUCAACCACAGCACAAUUUAAUGUCCACUCUUACAUGCAGAUAUUUAACUUACAUGUAUUUGAGCAUUUACAUAGGUAUACCUUGUUUUGAAAUUGAUUUUAAUUGGAGUGAAAUAGAUGCAACAACAAGUGAUAAAGAUCUGGAUUGUUAAACAAAUUCCUGGAAGGGAUACUUGGGGAAUAUUUGAUGGGAUAUCCACCUGGACCCCAGAACCCUAGCCUGAGUAUCAGGCCUUCCUAAGAAACGCCUGACACUCAGGCUACCAGAACCCUUGCCAGCUAAAGCAGACUUAGUUCAGCUAACUUUUGCUAACUUAUAUGAGACAAAACUCCCAAAAGCCCUCUGUGUUUUUAAGUCUCUACUUUCCAGAAACAAACUACCAAGGUCAAAACUUUCUUUGCUGUUGAACUGAGACGUAAGUAAAUUUAAAUUUGCCAAUUUAAAUUUUUUGAUUGUCAAUUCCUGGUUUCUCCAGGGUAGAAUAAAAUCUUCAACCGAUGCCGGUAAAUUGAUCAGCUUUCCUCCAAUUUCUGUACCCUGUAGAAUAGUUGCUUGAACAAUGACACAUCCUAUAAUUAUAGCCCAUAUAUGGCAAUACCGCCUUCCCAGAGAGCAAAAUAAUUCUCCUCCACAUUACCAAGGGAAAUAUGCUGAGAACAGUGCACAGAAUAUGGAUUUUGGUGUUAGAUUUAUUGUAAAUUGUUAACUUUUGGGUGCCAUCAACUCUUAGGUGGAACAAGCGAUCUGAAUCAGGAGUACUUGCUUGUUCAGCCCUCAAGGAACAGUAUAGACAAACAAUUCUUCUUGGAGCAGAAGCAGCCUCUGAAAAUAAACACUACUGCUCAAAUGGUGACAAGAGACAAAAGCUGUCCAGACCAUUGCCUUUCUGUUGUCUUGUUGUCCUUCUUCAUGGCUCAAAGGACUUGAUAAAGGAGAGAAUGGAGAAGAGACAAGAACAUUUUAUGCCCUCUGAUUUAUUGGACUCGCAGUUUGAAAGUCUCGAGGAACCAGAUAACUGUGAAAUGUACUCUGUCAUAAAGGUAGCAGUGGAUCAGACUGUUGAAGAAAUUAUCAAUGAAAUUUUGCGAGCCUUGAAGGCUAAAUUUGGAAUCAGGGUAUCAAUACACAGUACUGUCUGAAAUGUGGUCAGCUGGAAUUUAUAUUUUUCUUAUUUACACAUAGGGGGUGUGUGAAAUAAGGCCUCAAGUGACUCUUGAUGUAAUACCAAAUUCCUCCUCCUAUUUACAAGGACAAACAAAGCAAAUUGAAAGGAGAAUCGACUAGUUAAUAACUUGUUAAUCAGAAGUCAGCUGGGAAUUUAUUUCGUGCACAGUUAAAGUCAAAACUGGCAUUAUAUGCAAUCAUAUUUACUGGCAGCUUGAGAAAACAGAUCUUGGUAGUGUUUCUGACUGGUUGAAGCAGAUUUCCCACAAGGCACGACCAAUCAGAAGCACUACCCAGAUCUGGGUAGUGAUGCGUCAUUAGUAUGGAAUUUCUGCGCUCAUUUCUCAGAUGUUAUUUUGCGGGGAAACCACCAGUGGCGUUGCAAAAUGUCAUCUGUUUUCUCAGGCUAAUUUACUGGAUUCAGUUUAUAAAUACCUCUUACUAUCCAAUUCUGUAGUCUGUACCACGGGGAGUGGAAUGAGUUUGCACGGGCCAUAAAUCAAGCAACGAGGAUUCCUAUCUUACAGUACAGGCUGAGAAAAUAGCUUAAUCAGGCCGGCGAGUUUGAAGACUUGUAAAUUUAGCAGGCCAUGCAGCAGAUUACAACCCGCGAAACAGACUAAUCAUUAUUUUAUAAUGAAUUCUUUUCGUGAAAAUUUCCUUAGUUUUUGCAGUCGAAGUUAUAUGCUGGGUACCCAGUUUUCAUGGGUUUAGGCUCCCCCUAAAUUUUUCUUAGAGCUUAGUUUUGUAUUUCCCAGGAAAAAAAAACAUGUCAUUUUACCAGUUUUCUCUACAUUACAAUUGCAUGCAAGGUAUUUGCUUGCUUUUUAAUUGUUGACAUACCGGUAAACAUUGUAUUUUCCUUGGUUAAUUCCCACAGUCACCCCCACAGUCACCAUUGUUGUGGUUAGAGAGCACAAGAAUGGAUGACACUAACAGGAUCCCUGCGGGUGUGUGCUUAAUACGUUGCUUUUACUGAAAAUAUGGGUAGAACGGUGUAGGACCUCAAUAGUGGAACUUGUGUCUGCUCAGAAAGAACUGUCUAACAUGGGUCUGUGCUAUAUAACUUUACAGUCUAUCUAACAAAAACGUGAACACCUGAAAUAUUUCAGGAAUUUUGAUUGUGUAGUGACCAGUCACAAUUACGUUCAAACUUCAGAACCCGCUUCAGAACCACUAACUAAUUGCUCUUGCUGUUUGCAUUUUAGUUUUCUCAUGCUUGAUUGGUUUUUACCUUGUCAAGAGAAUGGCGUUCCAGAAAAAGAUAUUUUUGAUGCUUUUUUUGCUAUUCACAGUAAUUAAUUAGUAAAAAUUGUUGUUUUUGCUGGUUAUAGUAGGAAACUAAGUGUAAAGGACGAACAAUGUUAUGCCUGUGGCAUCAGCUGAGCAGAUGGAAGAGUGGACUCUCUUUCAAUGUCAGCGGGUAAGGUAUCCAUUCACCUCAUCACCAGUCCAUCUCGCCACCGACAAAAUCGCCACAAAGGAAGUACUUAGUAUAUACAAAACAACUGGAAAAAACUUUCAUGAACAUGAAUUUUCUCUUAACCGUCACUUUAUCAUUUGUUUUCAAACAAAUGACGGGUGGUUGUCAAACGGCGCAAGGAUCGUCAACUUUGAUCGAUAGAUUUCUAAACGUCAACUUCAAAUUCGAAGAAGCUUGGCAAGAAAGUAAAAUCCUAGGUAAACAAUCUGGGUAAAUUAAAUAGGCCAUUUCCGAGUUUCCCCGAGCCUCUGUAUAAAAACGAAGUUAAGUGCUUGGCCUUUGAUAUGGAAAUGAGUUUUCAUUCUCAUGCAAAUAAAACUCAUUUUCACAAGAAAAGUUGUGCACUUAGCCUCAUUUUGAAAGUGAGGGUUUUUGGAACGCGGAGGUGGCCUAUUGUUUCAAUUAUUUCGGAGUUAUUUCUUGGUGGCGAGUCAACCUCUUUGCGGCGAAAUUGUUGGUGGUGAGAUGACUGUAAACCGUGAAUGAUGAUACUACUUCCUGUGGGUUGUCAUCUGGACGGCAAAGUAUUGUCAAGAGUAAAUUUACUGUUAUGGAUAUUACUUUUUCAACAGUGACUAGAAUGGGGUCAGAUAUGACUACCUCAUUGUAAAUUAGAAUGAUUUUAAAGUCGGUCAUUAAAUAGCCUGAGAAAACAGCCGUCAUUUCGCCACUCCACCGUUGUUUUCCCCGCAGAUCUGGAUAGAGCUUGUGAUUGACUGAAUCAAAUGUCCCUCACUGCAUGACCAGUCAGAAUCGCCGCUACCCAGAUCUAAGUAGUGACAUGUCAUCAGUAUGGAAUUUCAGCGCUCAUUUCUCAGAAGACAUUUCGCCGGGAAACUAGUGGUGGGUUCGCAAAAUGAUGGCUCUUUUCGGAGGUUUAUUAGAAAGAUUUAAAAGUAGAUCAUUAACCCUUUAAGCUCCAAGAUCCACAUACAAAUUCUCCAGACUAAUCUCCAUACAUUUCUUUGAAGAAUAGCUGAGAGAAUUUGGUUUAAGAUCAAAGUAUUCUCCCUUUGAUACUCAAUUUUGUAAUUCUCAUAACCUUUACUCUUGAUGAUCUGCUGAUGAUGUUGGGAGAAAAUUGAUGUUGGUCACUCUUGGGACCUAAAGGGUUAGCAUAAAAUGUAUAUGUUUGCAAACGAGUGAGGUACAUUGGGUAACCUCCUGCAGCACAAUCUUCUUCUAUAUUUUUGCAAUUAGAUUCAAUGUUUUUAUAAAUUAUUUUAAAUAGUGAUAUAAAAUUCAAUUUGAAAGCCAC